UAAAUUUGGGAUAAAUUUGGGAUAAAUUUGGGAUAAAUGGGGGUGGAAUUUGGGGAUAAAUUUGGGAUAAAUUUGGGAUAAAUUUGGGAUAAAUGGGGCUGGAAUUUGGGGAUAAAUUUGGGAUAAAUUUGGGAUAAAUUUGGGAUAAAUGGGGCUGGAAUUUGGGGAUAAAUUUGGGAUAAAUUUGGGAUAAAUUUGGGAUAAAUUUGGGAUAAAUGGGGGUGGAAUUAGGGGAUAAUUUGGGAUAAAUUUGGGAUAAAUUUGGGAUAAAUUUGGGAUAAAUGGGGCUGGAAUUAGGGGAUAAAUUUGGGAUAAAUUUGGGAUAAAUUUAGGGGAUUUUCUUCCUUUAUUUUGAGUUCCAGGGAUUUUUAUUUUGAAGGUUUUUAAGCUCCUUAAAUUCCAGGUUAUUUUUAAUCCCUUUCUUAUCAAACCCUUUAUUUUGAAUUCCAGUUUUUAAUUCCUUGGGGUUUAAUCCUUUUAUUUUAAUUCCUUUCUUUCUGAUCCCUUUAUUUUUUUUCCAGGGUUUUGUUUAAAUUCCAGAUUUUUUUUCUUAUCCUUUAAUUCCAGGGGAUUAAAAAUCCAUUUUUUCCCCCCAGGUAUUUGAAUAAAUUAUUUUUUUUUUAUUCCAGUUUUUUUUUUUUAUUGUCCUUAUUUUCAAUUCCAGAGUGUUUCAAUUUUUUUUUUUUUUUUAAUCCCAGGAGUUUAAAAUUAUUUUUUUUUUCAGGCGUUUUUUAAAUUCCUUUAUUUUUAUCUCCAGAUUUUUUUUAUCUUUUAAUUCCAAGGGUCUUUAAUUCUUUUAAUUCCAGGAUUUAUUUUAUCCUUUAAUUCCAAGAUUCUUUUAUUCCAAUUUUUAAAUAUAUUCUUUAAUUCCAGUUUUUUUUUAAUACAUUCUUUAAUUCCAGUUGGUUUUUUUUGAAAUUCCAGGUUUUAAUUCUUUAAUUCCAGGAUUUUUCUUUUAUCCUUUAAUUCCAAGAUUCUUUUAUUCCAUUUUUUAAUACAUUCUUUAAUUCCAGUUUUUUUUUUAAUACAUUCUUUAAUUCCAGUUGGUUUUGUUUUUUUUUUUUUUAAUUCCAGAUUUUAAUUCUUUAAUUCCAGGAUUUAUUUUUUUAUCCUUUAAUUCCAAGAUUCUUUUAUUCCUGUUGUUUAUUUUUUAAUGUAUUCUUUAAUUCCAGAGAUUUUUUUUUUUUUUUAAUUCCAGGUUUCUUUUAUUCCAGGAUUUUUUUUAUAAUUCCAGUUUUUUUUCAUCCUUUAACUCCAAAGUUUUUUAAUUUAUUUUUUUUUUAAAAAUUCCUUUCUUUAAUUCCCAUUUUUUUAUUGCUUUUCUUUCCUUUUCCUACUCCAACAUUUUUUUUUUUUUCUUUCAGGAAAUUUUUUCCUCCUUUGGACAUUCCCAAAAUAAAAAAAAAAAAAACCAAACAAAAAAAAUCCCAAUUUUCUUCUCCAAAACUUCUGGAAUUCCACCCAAAGAUGUCCAGGAAACAGCAGCCCAAAGAUCCCUCGGGGUUCGUGUUCGACGCUCGCUCCGGGGCCGUGCGGGCUCAGGGCAGCAGCUCUGAGAACAUGAAGGAGAAGGUGCAGGCCGUCCGUGCCGUGGUUCCCAACCGCAGCAACACCGAGAUCGUUCUGGUGCUGCAGCAUUUCGACAACGCCGUGGAGAGAGCGGUGCACGCCUUCGUGGAGGGAAAUGCCAGUGAGGUGCUCAAGGAAUGGACAGUGACUGGGAAAAAAAAGAACAAGAAGAAAAAAGCCAAAUCCCAGCCCGGCCCCUCCCCCCCGCUUCCGGAAUCCUGGGAAAAGUUGGGAACGGCGGGGAGGGGGAUGGGCGGUUGCCACGGCAACCACGGCGGGCGGGAAUCGCCGGGAACGCCGCGAGAGCCCGGAGAGCCCGGAGCAGUUCUGGGGAACGGAAUUCCCAAUUUUCCCAAACAAUCCCAAAUCCCAACCCCCACACGGAGCAGCCCCGGAUCCCCCGGGGGGAAAAAAAUGGGGCCCAGCCUGGAGAAGUCUCUGAAGGAGCUGCAGCGCUGCCGCGCCGGCCUGGGCCGGCUCCGCGCCCUGCUCCGCGAGCAGGGGGACAAUUCCCUCAGGAGAGCCCGCGCCGCCUUCGGGGACAUCCACGGCUGCCUCAUGGAUCGGGAGGUCGCUCUGCUGGCCGAGAUGGACAAAGUCAAGGCAGAAGCAAUGCAGCUGCUGGCGCUCCGGCUGCGCCGGGCCGAGGCCCUGCGGGAUCUCACCGAGGCGGCUCCGGGAAUGUCGGAGGAGCAGCUCCAGGAGCUCCGCGCGGACAUCAAGCACUUUGUGAGUGAGCGGAAGUUCGAUGAGGAGCUGGGCAGGGCCGGGCGCUUCGGCUGCGACCUCCAGGGGCUGAGGGAGAGCAUCGGAGCCUUCGGGAAAGUUUCCCACCCCAGGCCGAGCUAUUCCAGCCGCUCCCGCUGCAGCUCCGGCCCCGCAAUUCCCACGGGAUCAGCUCCGGGAUCAGCUCCGGGAUCCCCCGAGGAGAGCGCGGCCCCACAGGAUUUGGGAUUUGGGACCUUCCCCCUUCUCCCACAGCGGAGCCGGAACCCCCCGGGAUCCUGCGGGCCCAGCCCCUCCCCCCAGCGCCCCCCUGGAAUUCCCAAAAAUCUCGGGGACCCCAAAAGGCGCCCGGGACCCCCUGGAAAACCCCGCAGGAGCCGCCCUGAGGGGGCCAAUUCCUGA